CCGCCGUAGUUUCCACACACGCAUGCGCAAAUGGUUCUGGAAAAGAAGACUUCAGCCCGGGUGGAGGCCAGCGGCCAGCGGAGGGUUCUGGAUGAGGCGACCCGGCAAAGGAGACUGACCCGGCAGCUGGACGCCCUGGAGAAGGACAACUUCCAGGACGACCCCCUGUCCUCCCUGCCUCCCCCAGGUCCUACUGCCCGCCUUCCGGCCUUCAGUGAGACGGAGGAGCCAGAGAAGAAGAGGAGGAAGACGAGGGGCGACCACUUCAAGCAGCGUUUCAGGAAGAAUUUCACCGCCCUAUUGGAGGAGGAGGUGCUUGAAGUGGACGCUCUGAUGCUGCAGCGUCGCCACGGCAACGGGACACUGAUGAUGCUGCAGCGUCGUCACGACAACGGGACACUGAUGAUGCUGCAGCGUCGCCACGGCAACGGGACACUGAUGAUGCUGCAGCGUCGUCACGGCAACGGAGGAGAGCGCCACCUCUUCCAGCUCUACAUGUUUCUCCUCAAAGUUGUGAUCAGUUUCAUUCUGCAUUUUCAAGUAGUUUUUGUUAUUUAGUUCAUUAAAGAAGUUCCGUGAACUUUGAACUUUUGUUGUUUUAUCCAUGAAAUAAAAUCUGUUUGUAAAAUUA